AUGACCGGUGCUGAUUUCUCGGAUUUAUUCAAAUCAGUUGGAGGAUUACCAUCGCUAAAGUCCUUGGACAAUAUCUCUCAGGCAGACGAAGGAAAGGAUACCCAUAUAAACGGUGCUAAGACUCCUGUUAAUACUCCAACUGUUGCUCGUACCCAGAUCAACCAGCAAGAGCACAACCCACUCCUUUCUACAUACCCCAAACGGGCACAGACGCUCGAUGCUCAGGGAGAUCAGUCACCUGAUGAAUUUGGUAAACUUCCUAGCUUAUCUCGGGGGUCCGCAACCCGAGAACGUGCAGCAUCAGAAUCACGACCUUCUCCAUAUGGUAACGGGACUGGAAUGCGAGAUAGGCUCGACUCCAAUGCUUCCCUGAACAUUAACCCACAGAGUACCCGAAUCGUGCUCACUUCUCCUGACUCGAAUGCACCCAAGCCCAUACCCAAUGACAAUUCCGAGCUGGUACUUCGUCGGUUACGCGAGGCUUUGUCUGACGCAUCGGAGCGUGGCGCACAGCAGCUGAAGUUUGAUAAGGCUUUCAUUGAGGCGAUUUUAGCAGUCCUGGAACAGCGUCAACAGGAGGUAACUGAACUGAGAAAUAAAUAUGAUGGAACGAAGAGGGCUAGCCAGCAGUAUAUCGAUGGCCUUACGGUUGCUCAAAAGGAGUAUGAUCGAGAGUUGAAGGCUAGACGCAAUGCCGAAGCAGAAGUUAUACGUCUGCGAGUUCUACUUUCUGGGCAAGCCGCGAAGAUUACAGCCCUGAGCGGCGAGGCUAAGAGGCACGAAGCACGACAGCUGUUUUCUGAGGAGCUAUCGACCAAUCUGGAUAAGCUGGAGAAUGACCUAUCAAAACUGAAAGUGGAGAGAGACAUGACUCUGGCAGAGGUAGAGGAACUUUGCGCCUCCAAGAGCGCUGGCGAAGUUCCCACUGUCCAGAUGAGCCGGUCACUGACCAUGCGCCUUGACAAUAUCAAAACACAAUAUCAGCACGACCUCGUACCACUCACUAAGCAGCGCGAGGCAUUAGUUCGGGAGAUCGCAGAACUGAAGGCAACUCGUGACCAAUUUUUGGAAGAAACGACCGUCCUCAAUGCUCGCAACGAGGAAUUGGCGCAGCUGAAUGCUCAGUAUGCCCGUAGAGUGGAGGCCUCUCGCGCGGAAACACCGAGCGAAAACAAAAGCACCUCAUUCGAUCGCAAUCGUCCCCAGCCAGAACUACCGUCAAGUCUCCCCUCCUUCACUAUAUCAACAGCUAGUACCUCUACGCUCAUUGAGGAUACCGAGGUGAAAUUUGUGAAACUUCAGCGUUCUGAUACUCCCGAUAUGAUGACACCGUUAUCAAAGCCCAGGCAGUUCAUCAAGUGGCCGGGCUCAAAGGGGAGGGACCCUGCUGCGCUUUUGGAGGCGAAGGGGAAAGGACGUCUCGAGCAUAUAUUCCACCAAUCCAGCGUUUUACGGUUUACGCGGUGCGACCACUGCGGGGAUAAGUUAUGGGGAUCGCAGUUCCGUUGCUCAGGCUGUCACAUUUCCAUUCAUGCUCGUUGUGUAAGCCACGUUCAACCAUCGUGCUCUCAGCAACAACAUUCAUCAAUGCGUGAUGAGCCCUCGACCCAAUUAACUCCAUUGCCUCCAUCCAUGUUCGGACGUGAUUUGAUCGAACAGGUAAAGGCAGACUCAAAAUGGGGCGACCGUACAAUUCCGAUCCUUGUUGAGAAAUGCAUUGAUGCAGUAGAAGCUCUAGCUCUUGAUUAUGAAGGUAUAUACCGUAAAACAGGUGGAUCGGGACAGUCCAAGGCUAUCACUCAAUUAUUCGAACGAGGCGACUAUGCUUCAUUCGACCUCAGAGAUUCCGAUCGAUUCAACGACAUAUGUAGUGUCACGUCCGUUUUGAAAACGUACUUCAGAUCACUACCCGUGCCAUUGUUGACGUUCGAUUCACACGAGGAGUUUAUUGUGGCCUCCGGUAUUAAGGACCCUGCACUCAAAACUAAAACAUUGCAAGAAUUGGUAACUCAACUGCCAAUUGAACACCACCAUACCUUGCGUCUUUUAAUGCUACAUCUCCAUCGCGUGCGUGAGCACAGUGCAAACAAUUUAAUGAAUGCCAGGAAUCUGGGUGUGGUGUUUGGGCCCACACUUAUGCGGUCCAGAGACCCAGGUUCAGAAUUUAGUGAUAUGGCUGGUAAAGCCCUUUCGAUAGAAUGGCUCGUCGACAAUGCGCCGUCAAUUUUCCAGCCUACAACUUAA